CGAAAUUAGUUUGAGAACGAUAAAUACGACAAAAGCAAUUUAAUUCAUCUUUCGAUACCGAUUACUAUCCUGCUACGAAGCAUGAAGAUGAUGUGGAUUACGUUUACCGGCUUUGCAUUUCGAUAUUUAAGAAAAUAUUCACAUAAGAAAUAUGUGCUUUUUACAGCAUUUAUUGUUAUUAGCCUUCUAAUGCAAACAGUCCACACUUUAGAAGUGGCAUGGGCAGUAAAUUGCGGAGGUGACGAGCAUACCGAUGUCCAUGGUAUUCAUUAUCAAGCAGAUCCGUUAGAUAUUGGGCACCGGUCAGACUUUGGAAAAAGCCUAAUGAUACAGAGAGUUGUCCCACAAGAUCAAAUCCUUUACCAGACUGAAAGAUAUCAUAUCAAUACGUUUGGUUACGAUAUACCAGUGUAUCGAGAUGGAGACUAUGUCAUUGUUUUAAAAUUUAGUGAAGUUUGGUUUGCAGCUCAAAAUCAAAAGGUGAUUCACUCCUCAGUCCUAAUCACUCCAAUUUAAAUUUAAUUUUUUAGAAAUUAAAAUUUUAAUUUAGGCUACUGACACUACUGAUUUUUUAAAAGCUUAAGUUGGUAUAAACAUACAAGGUAAAAGUGCAGUUCAGCUGCCUAUAUUAUAUCUGUUUGAAUUUAUUAUUUUUGCGUGUAAACUUAAGUUAAUGAAUCCUUUAUUAUAAGUAUUUUAAAAGUAAAAUACCGGUACCAUCUUUUUAUUGGAAUACAACAACAACUUAACAAAUUUUGCGAGAUAAAAAAGUACAUUUUCAUGAAUCAUUUGUCUUUUAUGGAGCCAUUGUGAAUGAUUGUGGUUAAAUCAAGGAUAACUCUUCUGUCUUUAAAGACAAGUUAUAAAAGUCGCUCAAUUGGAUGUAUCUUUGUUAAAAUAAAUGUUGUAUUUAUUUUAUAACUUUACUGUCAAAUAUAACCCGAGUUGCCCGAGAUUGCAUUCAGAUAAAAACAUCGGCUAUGUCAUGUCCUUUUAAUUCACAUUGCUAUUAAGUAUUAAGCAAAAUGUCGACAAAAACAUCACCGUGUUAAAAAAAAUAAAAUCAUUUGUCUCUUAUAAAAACACUUAAAACAACUUAUGUAAACCUUUUGUUUUUCCUGUUUUCCGAUGAUGGGAUCCCGAUCCGGACGGCAUUCCGUUUCCGAUAGAAUCCUGGUCAUGGUGGGAUCCCGGAUCCUGAUCCCGGUCAUGGUGGGAUCCGAAACCCGGUAUGAUCCAGAUCCUGGUGAGAUCCCGUUUCUGGUGGUAUCCCAAUCCAAAUGAGAUCCCAAUCCGGUGAGAUCCCGGUAGGAUCUCAAGCCCGGUGAAUCCCGAUCCCGGAGGGAUCUGUUUCCGGUGAUAUUCCAAUCCCGAUAGGAUCUUGAUCCCAGUGAGAUCCUGAUCCCGGUGAGAUCCCGAUCCAGUGAGUUCCCGAUCCCGGUGGGAUACCGGUUCCAGUGUUAUCCCAUUUCCGUUGAGAUCCAGAUUCCAGUAGUUUUAGGAAACUCUCAUAUUGACAUACGUCUGGGGGGCUCGUGCGUAAUGAAAAAUCUAGUAUUUCAUUCUUUUUUAUGAACAUGCCUACAGUUUGAAAAUUUGUUUAGCAUACUAACUUAUAGGUGGUUCAAAAUCUGGCCAUAGGGUGAAAAUAAAAUACAAAACAAAUGGGGCUAUGUAACUUUGGUUGGAGGAUGUUUAAAGACUCUUUAGAAAUCAAAUAAUAAGAAAAGAGGCAAUGUAUAAUUCAGUAUUAGUUAACUAUAACUGCUGGUAUUUAAUUAAUAAAGAAUACACAUAAGUUUAGAUAAGAAAAUACGAAAUGCGUUAAGAAAUAAUAUACGCACCUGAUCUGCACUUUUACCAAUAUACAAUUAAUAGGCCUAAAUAAAUUAUUUUGACUCCUGUAGGGCCUACAAUGAAUAUAGGCAUGUUAGUUGUAUGUACUUAUCUUUUAGAGGUCUGCCUACUACUACUACCACUACAUUCCCAGCACUAUUCUACUGUGAUUCACAGAAUGUGAUCAGUGAUGGGUAAAAGUGUAGUUAGCAUGGACUUUGCCAAGAGUUGUCUCACACUAAGCGCUGUGAUGUCACUUUGGGGAAUCCUAACACUGGACUUAGGGUGACAGGGCCAACAGUUGGACCUGAAUGAUGUACAGUCGUACAAAAACUUGAUCAAGAUACUGUAGUGAAAAUGAUACAGCACACUCUUUGUCUGGGUUAAUUAUACACGCCUGUAUUACAAUUAAAAUUACUGUACGUGUAAACAUACAGCCUAUGUAUUCGAACACUCCCAGAGUCCAAUAAUGUAAAAAAAAACAUACCUGGGAAUUUAUAGGGUUGUGGACAGGUUUUCUAUGCUUUAACUACAAAUAUAUUCGAUUUAUAAAAUAAUGAUUCCUACUUCGCGGAAAUUUACAAUUAUCUCGGUAGUGUCUGGAAUUGAUUAAAUGCGAUAAACGAGGGACAACUGUAAAUGAUAACUUUACCAUUCUUCAAUGAGCAUUAUUUGUAUCAUAAACUAAAUCCAACCACCGAUACUGUUAAUAUGAAAUAUAUUAAAAUGAAAAUUUCCAUUUGUUUUUUUAUUAAUAUUCAACUUACUAGGUUCAAAAGAAAUUCUUAAAAAAGAAACUCAUUCUUGCUGAUAACCCAAGAGGAACACUGGAAUAAAGACAUGCACAUUGUUAAAAGUGCUGUCUUUCGAGUGGUUGAAAACAAAGUACUAUCAGUAUACUUUCGUUAUUUCACCGGACAUUUCAAAAUAAUUUUCCGAGAGGAGAGACACCCAACCCCUUCUCCUACCUUCAAUACAAAAAUAAGACACUAAAUAAUUUCUGGGGUGGGGAGACCCUUACUCAAACCCCUCCAACCACCUUCAAUACAAAAAUAAAAAAAUAAUUUAUCAAAUAAAUACAGAGCUAAAGAUUGAAAUCUUUUGAAUACAAAACUAUGGCCAGUUGUUGACCUGGGAAACCCUCACGACUUAUAAAUCAUGGAAGACAUUGCUGGCCCUGCUGCUAAUUGCAUUUUAAUAAUUUAAUAUAUUUUAUUUUAUUCAAUAAUUUUAAUAAUUAAUUAUUUUUUGAGAGGUAUCCAGUCUAAAUUAAGGUCAAACCCCAAUUAGGCAAAUUAUUUAAAUAAAUUAAAUAAACUUUUACCUUUUUUUUCUGAUUGCUGCCAGCAAGCUUGUAUUAUAUAUAAGCAUAUGUUAAGGGUAACUACUAUAUAAGAAUAUGGCAUUCUAAGAAAACUAUGAAGGUCAAUAAAAUCUUCCUGAUAAUUGUUUUUUUAAAUAAAAAAAAAAAAAAACCCUUUUAAAAUCCCAACUUUUGAUUUUAAUUUUAUUACAUUUUCAGGAAUGAAUUAUGAAGUGUUUCUAGAAGUAGAAGUGGUUACUUUGUAUAUCUCAAUCUAAUUUAUGUACAUUAACAUCCUCAGGUUUUUGAUGUGGUUUUAAAUGGAGAGCACACAGUAGUCAGUGAGCUUGACAUAUUUGCUAGAGUUGGUCGAGGUGUUGCACAUGAUGAAAUCAUUCCAUUCUCAAUAAGAGGGGGAAAGCUCAGAGUGAAUGGAGAAACAUCACAAGUUGAUGGAAACAAAAUUUCCAUUGAAUUUAUUAAGGUAUGUUCUGUUAACAUUGUUAAACUUCAAGUGUAAUGCUUAGUUAUUGACUUAUUUUUUUAAUUUGAUCUAAAAUCAUUUAUUGUGUGUAUCAUUUUAUUUUUUGGUAGGGUGAUAUGGACAAUCCAAAGGUGAAUGCCAUUUAUGUUAUUAAAGGAACAGUAGACGGUAAGUGGCAUAAUUUAAUUAUAUAAUUUAACUUUGUUUCUCAGUAAAAGUGAAUUUUUUUAUUUAUGUCUUUUAUCCCCAUAUAUAGUUAUUGUUACAUAUAUUAGUGUUUCCUUUGUUUCUGUCCCUCUAAAAUCUUGCUAAUGCAACACUCCAAUUAUCCAAUAAAUUUACAGAACUACCGUAUCUACAAAAUUUGAAGUCAAAAAAUAUUUUUCUUAUAAUGUCGAAGGUUCUGGAUUAUAGACAUUUGAAAUUUCAUAUAACAGUGGGGAAAAAUUGCAUAUUGCUCCCUAGUUAUUUUAGGAGUUGAAAAGAUGUAAAUUUUUAGUUCACCGAAAUACAUGAUGCAACAAAAUGUGUGCCUAAUAAAUGUGGUGCACAUUUUUUUAAACUUUUGCUUGAUUUUUUAAACUAAUUAAAAUAUAGUAAUAAUUAGGAACAUUAAAUUUAAUCAUCAAUUAAAGUAUUAUUUGAAACAAUUGAAUUAUGUGUCCCACUAACUCCAAUGCCUGGGAACCGAACCCGGAUGCAGUCAGUCAGUCAGAUAGAAAAUUAUCUGGUAAAUAACAUUGGUCAAUCUAGCCAUAUUGUUGUUUUUUUAAUUAGUUGAGGGCACUCUCAAUGAGCACCAUGUUUUUGCUUGGCGAGUUAAAUUUAAAUUUCUUAAAACAAUGUAGUAAAUAAUUACUUGGAAUUUAGACUUAAGUACCCGAAAUUUAUUUUAUGCAUAGCAGUUGUGAGUUGUCGUUUUUUCAAAAUAUCUUCCUUUAACAAAGAUAUCCCCAAGCUUCCCAGUAUGCCUGGAACUGAUGUCCCAGAAGAAGAAGAAGAAGAUGAUGAAGAAUCUCAAAGUCUAAAACCUCAAAAGUCUCGGAAACCUUCAGGUCCAAAGAUGAAAGAUCCCUAUGCAGCGGAUGAUACAAGUGCCAUGUUGUUACCAGUGUUUGUAGCUAUUGGAGCAUUUAUUCCAUUGUUAUACUGCUUAUGUAAAUUAUAAGGUUAAUUAUGAUACUAGUUUAUUGCUGUUACCACAUUACUCUGAAUUGCCUAGCAGUCAUAUUAUUUUUUUCUUUGAAGUUAUGGGCAAGCAUCAUACAGAUUUAUUCAUUAAAAACAACAAUAUGGAUUACUAUGGUUAAUAUAAAUAUAGUAUUGUUCUUAUUACACUAUUUUAAUAUAAUAUUGUGAUGGUGAGAAAGCAGUUUAUUUGCACUACUUUUUUUUAAAUUUUUUUUUUUUUUAAAUUAAAAAAAAAUCUAAAAUGAACCUUUGAUUGUGAGAUUCUCUCAUCAUGAAUUUAUUGUGCACAUUGGUUUGCUGCCAAAUAAAUGAUGACAUGUUAAUCCAAGUGUUCUACUGGUAUGGACAAUUCAUUGGGGUUCCAUUUUCUUUGCUUAAGAAAUAACACUUUUUAACUAUAAUGGCAAAGUGUAUAUGAAUUAAUGCUGCGUUAAGGUGAAGCAUUCCUAAAUCAGUCGGGCAAGCUUCAUUCUGUUCAUGUUCAUUUAGCUUUCUUUAUAUUUUUGCUUAAAAUCAAUGCUUUUGGUGAACUAAGUUUCUUCUUCUUCUACCAAGUUGUUAAUCCACAUGAAAGCUUAGUACUGUGUUAUAUUUAAAAUGAAAUUUUAAUAUCUAUUUGGAAAAUUGGCUAAUUCUGAACUUGUUUAAAAGCAUGAAAUUUGUACAGAGUGUUAAGACAAAGUUAAUUCCUAUCAUUUAAAAACAUUUCACUAUUGAUCUCUUAUAAUUAUUAUGAUCUAUGAUCUUAAUUUAUUUUUGGUAGUCUACAAAUGCAGGUCAUGAAUAUAAAUUUCAAAGUGGAACAAGUUAUGAUUUAAGGCUGAGCUUUCGAAUUUCCUUUGAAAUUUUCACAGUACCAUCAUUUGCUUGUUGCGGAGAAAUUAAUAAUCCUCUACUCAUUUAUAUUAAAGAAUGUGAUAUUAUAGUUCUGUAGAGAUUCUUUAAUGUUUUGCUUUUUUAAAUGUUUUAAAAUGCAAAAAUGUACUGAAUUAAUAGUCAGAUCCAGGGUUAAUUCUGAAUUUUGUUGCCAAAAUAGGUUAAAGAAUUGUUGCAACCUAUUUUUCAAGUAUUACUGACUUUUUAGAAACUAUUGAAUUGAUAAAAUAAAAAAUUAGUUAGGUCAUUUACCAUAAAGUCCUUAUUCCAUUUAUAAUGUGCAAUUAAUUUAGAUCGAAUUUAGAAAAUAAACUAGUAAUUACAUUCAUUUAUGACACAAUUUUUAAAUUAUUUUAUUUUUAAUUUAAAACAAUUUUUAUACAUUUGAUAGCUUUGAUUGCAAUUAUGAAUCAAAAUUAUUUCUAGUAGCCUUCCAUUGUUAUUUAGAUUAUUAUUAUAUGUCUAUUUUGCAUGUGCAUCAUCUUAAAUUAAAUGGUUGAUUUUAAAUAGAUAAUUAUUUGCUUUACAUUCCCAAGAAAUGUUAAUGAUUUAUAGGUAUGCAUAUUUAUAGAUUUGGUUUCUUUUUUCUUCUUUUUUUUUAUAUACAGUUGGCUUUACCUAAGUCAAAUGGUCAAACUAUUUUAAUAUUUAAAACAACCUCCUCAAAGUUUUGUUAUUUUUUAUCACAAGGUUUUGACUUUACUUUUGUAUUUCGCAAGUUUUAAAAAAUGUAUGCAUAGUUAUUUUAAAUUAAUGAAUGGUCAAAAAAGUAAAACAUGUAUGUUGUUAUUGAGUGAUAGUUUGGUUGUUGUUUUUUUGAGUGAGAAUAUUAUUAUUUUUUGGAGCGAGAACUUUUAUUGAUGGAAAUUUUCUUGCAUUUUGUGGUGUGUAGUGUUAAAGCUAGAAUGAUUUGUAUGUUGCUGAUUAACUUAUUAAAAAGUUACAAAUUGAAUGCAGUAAUCUGAAAGUUUAUUAAAUCUUGGGAUUUAAUAUAUUUUGCAUCUUUAAGUUUUCAUACAAUUUUAAUAUGCACCGUUGAGCACUGGCUGCUUUUGUUUCUGCUACACAUGUCAUGAAAAGUAUUUAUUUUGAAGAAAAAUUAUUUUAAGUUUGUAUUUGUUAUUUUUUGGAUGCAACAGUAUAGUGGUGCACUUGAGAGCAUAAAAUUGAGCAGAACAUAAAAAGUCUUUAAUUUUCAAACAUUAAAAAUACCCACGGAUUUUAUUUUCAUUUUACAAGACUUAAUAAAAAAAAUUGUUUGCUUUCAAUAGAAUUUCAACUGAUUUUGUAAAAUCUUGUAAAGACCAGUUUGAGUCUUAAUAAUGCACACAAAAAAAAGAAAAGAAAAUAUAAUAAGAUUAAGAUGGAUGAAUGCAUCCAGGUUUGAAUUACAUAAAAAUAAAAACUCCGUGAUGGCGAUUAGUCCCAGUAUUUAAUUGUUAUUCGCCUAUUAUCAUUGUUAAUUUUAAUGCUUGAUUAAAUACCCUUUAAUGUAACAAUAGUGAAGAUAUAGAUAAGAUGCUCAAAAGCUAAUUAACAUUAGCAAUUUAGAUGAAACAAUCUAGUGCAUUGGAUUAGAGUCUUAUACUUAUUAUGAGAGAUCUAUAUGGUGGAAUGUGCUGGUACAGAAUGAAAAAUUAUUUUAUCUCCUGUUGACUGACAUUUAUCUUAAAUCAUUUUGUGACUUCAUAAUUUGUAUGAUAAAUAAUUCUAGUAUUUUCAUUCAUUGAAAUUGACUUUAUAAAGUCGGCUCGUAGUUAUAUAACGUUGUUAUCAAAAUAAUUUUUUUUUUAAUGUUAUGUUUUUACAUUGUAUUUUAAUUCCACAAACUUCAUCUUUAACUUUGAUUGUAGAAUAUCUUUAUUCCUUUUGCUCUGCAUUUUUAUUAAACUUUGUCCAACAAUUUCCAACCCUUUAAAAUUGAUGAGAGCCAGUGUUGUGGUUGAUUUUUAAGGCAUUCAAUAAUGGAGAGGUAUCAAAGGAUGUGGUCCACUUGUUGACACACAUCACUUUAUUUAAUGCAAAUACCUCCUUAUAAUAUAACUUCCCCUGCAGCACCCAUGCAUGAAAACUCUAAUGAAUGUUGUACCUGAUGUGAAAAAAAUAAAUGAUUUUUUGCACAAAUCUUUUAGCUACCUGUUAUUUUCAUUGUUUUUGUUGGUAUUUUCUAUGAAACUAUUUUAAUGAACAGAAUAUGUUUACCCUUUGUAUUAUUGAAAUAAAUUUGUCAUCUUGCUUGAGGACUUUGCUGCUGUAGCCUG